AUGUCGUCGACCACCAAGUCUCUUUACUUCAAGAAGAUUCCCUCGGGCUACCCAGUCCCCGGAGAACAUCUGGUCAUCGAGAAUGUCCCCUUCGACCCAGAGGCUCCGGCCCCAGAGGGCGGACUGACGCUCGAAUGCCUAUACACCAGCUUCGACCCAUAUAUGCGUGGCCGUAUGCGACCUGCGCACGUCAAGUCCUAUACUCCCGCAUACGGACUCAACGAGCCAAUCCCCAGCGCCACCAUUGCAAAGGUCCUCAAGUCCAAGAAUGACAAGUACAAGGUUGGCGACAUCGUCAUUGGCCUGCUGCCCAUCCAGAAGAACAUCGCCCUUCCAGAGUCACAUCUCAAGUUCAUUCGACCACUUGAGAACCCCGAGGGAAUCACGGACCUUCGUGUCUUCCUUGGCCCACUCGGAAUGCCUGGUCUGACCGCAUACGCCUCUUUGUUCGAGAUUGGCAAGCCCAAGAAGGGAGAUACUAUCUUCAUCUCCUCUGCUGCAGGUGCAGUGGGACAAGUUGUCGGACAAAUCGCCAAGCACGAAGGGCUCACUGUCAUCGGCAGUGUUGGAAGCGACGAGAAGUUGGAAUAUAUCCUCAAGGACCUCGGAUUCGACUCCGGGUUCAACUACAAGAAGGAAAAACCAGCCGACGCUCUCAAGAGACUCGCACCCAAGGGCAUCGACAUCUACUUCGAGAACGUUGGAGGAGACCACUUUGAAGCCGCGCUCGAGCACAUGAACGACUUCGGCCGCAUAGUCGCCUGUGGGAUGAUCUCGCAAUAUAACCUGCCCAUGGAGGAGAAGUAUCCCAUCAAAAACUUAUUCCACUUCAUCUCCAAGCGUCUCACGAUGAGAGGGUUCAUUGUUAACGAUCCUGGAAUGGGUGACAAGUGGACAAAGGAGCAUCUUGAGCGUGUCUCCAAAUGGAUCAAGGACGGCUCUUUCAGCCCCCUGAUCGCUGAAACGGACGGUAUCGACAACGCCGCCGAGGGCUUGGUGGGGAUCUUCCAUGGCAAGAAUCUCGGCAAGGCUGUGUUGAAGCUUUAA